GCACACAGUGGAAAAAUGGCUGACUCGGCGACAAUGCUUUCACGAUUCCGAGCAACUUUAGUUGGAGCCGUUGUAGGAGAUUGCAUCGGAGCAAAUUUUGAAGAUCGAUGGCUUCCAUUUGUGCCGUGGAAUGACAUUAAAAAAGUGUUACAGCACAUGGAAUCUCUUUCUCCUGGUGACGACGAGCUUCCGUUUACCGACGACACGGCCAUGACAAGGUCGGUGGCAUCGUCUCUGACUGAACAUGGCGCAUUUCACUCACGGGACAUGGCAGAAAGAUUUACUUCUGAGUAUUUUCGUGAACCAGGCAGAGGGUAUGGGAGAGCCGUGACUGUGGUCUUCAAAAAACUUAAAGAAAGUAAUUUUUCAGAUGUAUACAAGCCAGCCUCUGAGCAGUUUAAUGGAUCAGGUUCGUACGGUAAUGGUGGUGCUAUGCGCAUCUCCCCAGUCGCCCUGUUUGCUAAGAAAUACAACAGUUUCGAGGUGCUAAAAGAUGUCUGCGAAAAAACCACCAAACUGACGCAUUCCAAUAAGAAUGGUAUUUUAGGCGCAGUUUUGCAAGCUUCUGCUGUUGACCUGGCUUUAAGCAACCAGGGUCCACCAGCUGAUUUAAAUGUUGACCAUUUCGUUGACAAAUUGAUCGCACGGAUUCAGCCUCUUGAAAAUGAGGCAACAGAGAAGUCUGAAACAAUGCAGCCCUACACUGAUAAACUGUUAAAAAUGAAAGAGUUUCUGAAGACUGGAAAGUCCAACUCAGAACAGAUUGCGGAAGAUCUAGGUAAUGAUGUCUCAGCUUUGGAUUCUGUUCCCACGGCAAUUUACAGCUUCUUGCGGGCACAAGAGAGUAUAGAGGGUUUACCGGUAAAAGUUCCAUUUGAAAGGGCUGUGUUGUAUGCUAUUACCAUGGGUGGAGAUACAGACACUAUUGCGAGUAUGACAGGAGCUAUCGCUGGGGCAUUGUACGGUUUAGAGAACAUUCCAACCACGUGGCAAAUUUUCUGUGAAGGCGUCCCUGAUGCAAUCAAACAAGCCGAUGAACUGUUUAAAUUGUACAAGAAGGCUGAAGGCCAAAGUGGAAGCACUGCUUGAGAACAGGUGUGACAUCAGAUUCAUGUACAGCCAACAGAGAAUUAUAAAUGAAUUGCAAUUUUAUCUAACUGUAGACUUUAAAUUUAUGCAAGUCAUACAAAUGACUCAGUUAUGGUGAAUGUCUAUGUUGGCCUGCAUACUGUGAUAACACACUGAUACAUGAAACUCAAUUGUAAUGAUAAUGGUAAAUAUAAAACUUCAUGGUUUACAUGCAUAGAUCAUGUACAAGUGGACUAGAAUUUCUAACUAUUCAGAAAAGAAUCUCCAUAACAAAUUUACAUUACUUUACCCCUGCUAGAGGUAUAUGUUGGUAUGCUUUGGUGUAUAUGUCAUACUUUACAGUAUUUCAGUCAUAUGACAAGGAAUCAUCAAGUGUGUGUACAUAUACUGUAUCUUCUUGUCCAUGACUCUAAAAUGAUGCCGCCACAGAAACAUUAUGCUGAAGACACCAGGCAUGACACCCACCCUGUCACAUCAUACUGACACCGGACCAACCAGUGCUGUUUCCUUGAUCUAACCUGCUGAGCGUCAAGCAAGGCGGUAAAAAGUACUAUUUUCAUAGUGUUUGCUAUGACGCAUGUUUGAUCCCAGGUGAACACUCUAACCAUUAGGUCACCAAAGAGAUUCAAGUGUUAGAUGUAUUUGCUGAGAUCAUGACCCAAGGCAGUGCAUGGUCGAUUGUUGAAAAAUUGCUUAUAGUUGAGUACGUGCUGUUAAAUGAUGAUGCCACAACUUUUUAACAGGCACAGCCUUUGAAAUGCUGGGUUUUAUGCACAUAACCUACUUUCCUCAGUGGUUGUUCCUUAGCCAUGGAAUAAAUACUAUUUGUAGAGACAUGCCAUAUAGACUAGGUUUCAAAUAG